UCUGAGCAGAGUGGAAAGUCAUCUAAGAAGCUGCUGUUUCACAAGAUCUGGGCACAGAGCUGCCCCUCCCUUCCUCCCUGAAGUUUGCAUGAAGUGCACGUUAGGCUGUAAUUAGGGGAUCUGGGAGGAGAACUUUCCUGGUGACGCUUUGCUUUUCUUCUGCUCUUGGUGAGAAAGUGCCUCCUUCUUCCCAGGACCAGGACCUCUGCCAUCCAGCGCCACAAAGACACAUUCUGCGCUCAGGCACACACACACACACACACACACACACACACACACACACACACUUGCCCAGAGACAAACUUAAGGUGAGGAGAAAGAGCGCUAGCUUCACUUGAUCUCCAGGCUCCAACCUCAGCAGGACUUGAGAGCAUCUGAACUUCUGGAUUUCAGGACAAGUGAAGAAGAUUCUUUGGGUUAUAAAGAUGAUGAAGAGUCUACUUCUCCUGGUGCUGAUUUCAAUCUGCUGGGCUGAUCAUCAUUCAGACAACUUCACUCUAGAUCAUGACAGAGUUAUUCACAUCCAAGAAAAUGGCCCCCGUCUACUCGUAGAAGCAGAACAAACCAAGGUGUUCUCACAUAGAGGUGGCAAUGUUACACUGCCAUGUAAAUUUUAUCGAGACCCUACAGCAUUUGGCUCAGGAACCCACAAAAUCCGAAUCAAGUGGACCAAGCUAACUUCAGAUUACCUCAAGGAAGUGGACGUUUUUGUUUCCAUGGGAUAUCACAAGAAAGCCUAUGCAGGCUACCAGGGCAGAGUGUUUCUGAAGGGAGGCAGUGAUAAUGAUGCUUCUCUGGUGAUCGCAGACCUCACCCUGGAGGAUUAUGGGAGAUAUAAGUGUGAGGUGAUUGAAGGAUUAGAAGAUGAUACUGCUGUGGUAGCAUUAGAUUUGCAAGGUGUGGUGUUCCCUUACUUCCCACGACUGGGGCGCUACAAUCUCAAUUUUCACGAGGCACAGCAGGCUUGUCUGGACCAGGAUGCUGUGAUUGCCUCCUUUGACCAACUGUACGACGCCUGGCGGGGCGGGCUGGAUUGGUGCAACGCCGGCUGGCUCAGUGACGGGUCUGUGCAAUAUCCCAUCACAAAGCCCAGGGAACCCUGUGGAGGCCAGAACACGGUGCCCGGUGUCAGGAACUACGGGUUUUGGGACAAAGAUAAAAGCAGAUACGAUGUUUUCUGUUUUACAUCUAACUUCAAUGGCCGUUUUUACUACCUGAUCCACCCCACCAAGCUGACCUAUGAUGAAGCGGUGCAGGCUUGUCUCAACGAUGGUGCUCAGAUUGCCAAAGUGGGCCAGAUCUUCGCUGCCUGGAAACUUCUGGGAUACGACCGCUGUGAUGCGGGCUGGUUGGCGGAUGGCAGUGUCCGCUACCCCAUCUCUAGGCCAAGAAGGCGCUGCAGUCCUACUGAGGCUGCCGUGCGCUUUGUGGGUUUCCCAGACAAAAAGCAUAAGCUGUAUGGCGUCUACUGCUUCAGAGCAUACAACUGAGGGUGCCCCUAGAGCACGCCAGUGUCAAGGUCAUUGAGAACAUGUGAAAGGUGUUUUUUUUUUUUUCAAUACGAACUCAUGCAAGUUUUACCAAAACUGUGAUAACCCUUUUUUACUUACUGUAAAGAGUCAUUUUCAUAAAGACCAAUUCAUCAAUUUGGUUUUUUUGUAAAGCUAUCACUCAGUAUAUAUUAUAAAUUAAUAUAAUUUUAAGGGAAGCGCUACACAAGGAGGCUUUAGAGCCAAACUGUUUCGGCUACAUCAUCCCAGCGAAGUAUCCUUUCUUGAAUGGGGCACGCGAUAGCUUGAGAAUUGCUAGGAUUAAAUUAAGGGAAGCACGGCUACUCAGAGCAGCAGCUCCCACAAGCACAAAUUUUACACAUUUGUACAAUUUUGAAAUGUACUACAAUCAGCAAAUUAGAGCAACAGAUUUGAAAUACAGGCUUCUUUACAUAAACUGAGAUUCUGAGAGAUUGCACAAAACUCAGUUACACAUGGGACAAUCUACACUUUUCUAAAAGGUAUUAUUUCAAGUCUGCAAUAGACACAAUGUUUUACUCUUAAAAAAUCCUGCCUUUUGACCAAGAAAUAAAAAUUUAAAAAAAUUCAUAUGGACUCCAAUGCAUAUUAACAAGCACAGUUAAAACUCCUUAAUAACCCCAUUUAUAUGAAGUAUGAAACGUAAAUAAGCAGAUAAUAUUUAACCAGUGAAAGACUCCUAUCUUCUUUUAAUUAAAAUUACACAUGCCUGAGAAGAAUGGUUCUAUCUUUUGAGUAGCUUUACUGAAUUAUAUUUAAAUUCUAAGGGCCAUUUGCUAAGCAGCAUUAGCAUCUACUCAGGGCAGUUAUAUAGAUAAACUGCUGGACAGAAAAAUUGUAAAAUUUAGCAGCUUGAUUUUAUGUUAGCCUAUGAAAUAUUAUUGUCCUAUAAAAAUAACUUUAAACUAUUUAAUAUUUCCUUAUUUACCUUACAUGAAUAAAACUUAAAUCACCAAAAUAAUGUGUAACUAUACACUUGCCUAAACAAAUACGGACCCGACAUUCAAAAUUCUUACUAUUCUUAUUUGUAUGUUUACUAGAAAGCCCAACUGGUGCCUGUGUGGGAGGAAAAAAGUGAACAAGUGGUUCUAAACCUUCCUCCAUAUAGAAAAUGUGGUCAAUGAUAUCACUUUCCUUGCUGGUCGUCAUUAGGCUCAAAUGAAAUGUGGAAGCUCUCAGCAAAGAAAGAGUUUACACUAAAAUCUUCAAGGCUGUAAAUGAAAGGGUAAGACCAGCUUCAGAAAAACAACUUUAGACAUUAGCAGCUCCAAUAUUAAAUAAAGCUCUGUUUUCCUAUAUUUUUAUGACUGUUGAGACCCCGCAGGGACCAAUAUUUGUAUUCAAAUUACAUUUCAUGGUUUCCCAUUGUUUCACAAUGAGUUCUAAUAAAUGGGAUUUACUAUAAUAAUCCAAGUAUGACAUAGCUGGUAUGCUUUCAUGAAUGUUUUUAUGUAGAUUUUCCUCCCGUGAACAUGAGUAAAUAAAUCUGUUUCCUGAA